AUGACAAUCAACGAUCACGAUCAAUUCACCGGCUUAAACGCCGUCCACGUCGCGGCUUCGGAAGGGAACGUGAAACGCUUGGUGGAGUUGAUGGACGACGGGGCGGAGUUGGACGUUCCUGCGCUCGGAGGUAUGUUUCUUUCGUUUGUUUUUAGAGUAGUGUAA